AUGAGGUUUUGGCUGAGAAACGAAGAGAUGGCCCUGGACGCGUUGGUGCGGAGACUCGACGCGGUCUCCAGGCGCACGGAUGAAAUCAUGCACCAGGACAUCGUGCCGAUCUGCGCUGCCGACAUCCAGGAUCAGCUGAAGAAGCGCUUCGCUUACCUGUCAGGUGGGCGAGGCCAGGACGGGAGCCCAGUCAUCACAUUCCCCGACUACCCGGCCUUCAGCGAGAUCCCGGACACAGAGUUCCAGAAUGUCAUGACCUAUCUCACCAGCAUCCCCAGCUUACAGGAUGCUGGCAUCGGAUUCAUCCUGGUCAUAGACCGAAGGCAGGACAAAUGGACCUCCGUGAAGGCGUCUGUCCUGCGAAUAGCAGCGUCGUUCCCAGCAAACCUACAGCUCGUCCUUGUCCUCCGCCCAACGGGAUUUUUCCAAAGGACUCUCUCCGACAUCGCUUUCAGAUUCAAUAGAGAUGACUUUAAGAUGAAGGUGCCGGUCAUAAUGCUGAGCUCAGUUCCAGAAUUGCAUGGUUACAUCGAUAAGUCACAGCUGACCGAGGACCUCGGUGGGACCCUGGAUUACUGCCACACCAGGUGGCUGUGCCACCGCACGGCCAUUGAAAGCUUCGCCCUGAUGGUUAAGCAGACAGCUCAGAUGCUGCAGUCCUUCGGGACAGAGCUGGCCGAAACGGAACUGCCCAAUGACGUCCAGUCGACAAGCUCAGUGCUCUGUGCACACAUGGAGAAGAGGGACAAGGCGAAGGAGGACAUGAAGCUGGCACUGACAGAGGGACACAGCAUCCUCCAGAGCAUCCGGACGCCGCUGGCCGAGGGCACGGAGCACAGCGUGAGCCAGGACCAGCUGGACAGUCAGACCACUGUGCAGAGGCUCCUGGCCCAGCUGAGCGAAACCGAGGCCGCCUUCGAUAAGUUUUGGUCGAAGCAUCAGCAGAAACUCGAACAGUGUCUGCAGCUCCGGCAUUUCGAGCAGGGUUUCCGGGAGGUCAAAGCUGCCUUGGACACGGUCUCCCAGAAGAUAGCGACCUUCACGGACGUGGGCAACAGCCUGGCGCAUGCGGAGCACCUGCUGAGGGACCUCGCCACCUUUGAGGAGAAAUCCAAUGCAGCCGUGCAGAGGGCCUGCGCCCUGUCACAGGAAGGCGAGCAGCUCAUCGACAGCAAGCACUACGCCGUGGACUCCAUCCUCCCCAAGUGCGAGGAGCUGCGGCACCUCUGCGACCAGUUCGCGGCUGAGGUCGGCAGGAGGAGGGGGCUGCUCAGCAAGUCCCUGGAGCUGCACGGCCUCUUGGAGACGUCCAUGAAGUGGUGUGAUGCAGGGAUCUACCUGCUGGCCUCGCAGCCCGUGGACAAAUGCCAGUCCCAGGACGGCGCGGAGGCGGCCCUCCAGGAAAUCGAGAGGUUUUUGGAGACCGGUGCAGAAAAUAAGAUCCAGGAGCUCAGUAAAAUUUACAAGGAAUAUGAAUCCAUCAUGAACCAGGACCUCAUGGAACACGUGCAGAAGGUCUUUCAGAAGCAGGAGAGCAUGGAGGAGAUGUUUCACCGCAGACAGGCCAGCCUGAAGAAGCUGGCCGCCAAGCAGACGCGGCCUGUGCAGCCGGUGGCCCCCAGGCCGGAGGCACUCACAAAGUCACCUUGCCCCUCCCCAGGCGUCCGGCGAGGGUCUGAGAACCCCAGCGCCGAGGGCAGCGCGCUCCGGAGAGGCCCCUACAGGAGGGCCAAGAGUGAGAUGAGUGAGAACCGGCAGGGCCGGAGCAGCUCCACGGGGGACGAGGAGGAGAGCCUGGCCGUCCUGCGCAGGCAUGUGAUGAACGAGCUCCUGGACACGGAGCGGGCCUAUGUGGAGGAGCUGCUGUGUGUCCUGGAGGGCUACGCUGCGGAGAUGGAGAACCCACUGAUGGCGCAUCUCAUUUCCACGGGCCUUCAGCACAAGAAGGACAUCUUAUUUGGAAAUAUGGAGGAGAUCUAUCACUUUCAUAACAGGAUCUUCCUGAGGGAGCUCGAAAGCUACAUAGACUGCCCAGAGCUGGUCGGAAGGUGCUUUCUAGAGAGGAUGGAGGAUUUCCAGAUCUACGAGAAGUACUGCCAGAACAAGCCCCGGUCUGAGAGCCUGUGGAGGCAGUGUUCCGACUGUCCGUUUUUCCAGGAAUGCCAGAAGAAGCUGGACCACAAGCUGAGUCUGGACUCCUACCUGCUGAAGCCUGUGCAGAGAAUAACCAAGUACCAGCUGCUGCUCAAGGAAAUGCUCAAGUACAGCAAGAACUGCACAGGCGCCGAGGACCUGCAGGAGGCACUGAGCUCCAUCCUGGGCAUCCUGAAGGCCGUGAACGACUCCAUGCACCUCAUCGCCAUCACAGGCUACGAUGGGAACCUCGGCGACCUGGGAAAGCUGCUGAUGCAGGGCUCCUUCAGCGUCUGGACGGACCACAAGAAGGGCCACACCAAGGUGAAGGAGCUGGCCAGGUUCAAGCCCAUGCAGCGGCACCUGUUCCUGCACGAGAAGGCCGUGCUCUUCUGCAAGAAAAGGGAGGAGAACGGGGAGGGGUACGAGAAGGCGCCGUCCUAUAGCUACAAGCAGUCCCUGAACAUGACUGCCGUGGGCAUCACGGAGAACGUGAAGGGCGACGCGAGGAAGUUCGAGAUCUGGUACAACGCAAGAGAGGAGGUCUACAUCAUCCAGGCGCCAACUCCUGAAAUUAAAGCCGCGUGGGUGAAUGAAAUUCGGAAAGUGCUGACCAGCCAGCUGCAGGCUUGCAGAGAAGCCAGCCAGCACAGGGCGCUGGAGCAGUCCCAGAGCCUGCCCCUGCCCACGUCACCCAGCACCAGUCCCUCAAGGGGGAACACAAGGAGCGUCAAGAAGCUGGAAGAAAGGAAAAUGGACCCCCUGAGCCUGGAGGGAUACAUCAGCUCUGCAUCCUUGCCAAAGCCCCCCGAAAAGGGCAAAGAUGACGCCGUCACUAGCUCUACCUCAGAAAGCUCUGCGCUUUCCAGAAAGCGCUUUACCCUGCAGGGCUUUGCUAACCUCAAGGGUCAGAAAGCUUCUCCCACCAGUCCCGACAAAAAAGCUAAGCGCCUGGAAGUAAAGAGCGACCCCACUCCUUUCGGUGUACGAGGUUGGAGCAAAACAUCUCACUCACCAGAGGCCCCUGAGGACGACGGCGGCUGGUCGAGUGCUGAGGAGCCGAUUAACUCAUCUGAUGCCGAGGAGGACGGUGGAGGGGGCCCCAAGAAGCUGGUGCCGGGCAGAUACACAGUCGUGCUGGACGACGAGAAGGGUGGCCCUGACGCCCUGGUUGUGAGGAGCGGGGACGUGGUGGAGGUGGUCCAGGAGGGCGCCGAGGGCCUCUGGUACGUCCGGGACCUGAGCACCGGCACGGAGGGCUGGGUGCCAGCCCGCAGCCUGUCAGCGCUGCUCGCCACAUCCGGCUCAGCUCAGGGUCUGAGCAGCUCAGGUAAGACCCACCAUCUGCUGGCGCCCCGGCCUGCCGAGUCGCACAGCCCAGAGCCCGUGUAG